AACUACAUAUUGUCGUCGCUCCGUCUUCGUCGUGUAACGGUACGGUACGGCUACCACGGGGAUCCCCCGCACACUCGCUGUCUCUCUCUACCCGGCCAGAUCCCCCCUCCGAUCUAUAGAGAUAUAGAUCGAUCGUCUUCUUUCGCGCACUUUGUUUAUCACUGUGUGUGUGUGUGGUGUGUGUGCGUUUCUUGUGUUUUUUUGAAUCUUCUUUUUUCUUGUAUUUGGCUGAGAAACACCAAAUAAUCGAAUAGAACAAUAAUUAGAGGUACAUACGGGGCGUAUGUGCAAUAUAGAAACGCAUUUCGGAACGAUAGGAACGAUAGGUAGAACAAUUGCUGGGCACCGUGACAUAAUCAAGCGAAGGAACAAAAAACAACCCAAAAAACUUAGAACAUUUAAGUGUUUUAAAAAUAAAACAGUAGAACAGAGCGGCAAGAACAAAAUUGUCGAAAGCGAAAAAAACAUCAAACAAAACACAGAGUGUUGAAAAAAAAAGUGCGCGAUAUUCGUCGGACUGAAUUUGUUUAAACAAUACCGCGAUGCAAGAUACCAGAGCCAAACUGUUUUAUUGACCCCCCUGCCAACGGUGGCGAGUUUAUAAUUUGGAACAAUAUCAAGUGGGAUAACAUCCAGCCAGAUGAGCAGCUGUGAAACGUCCAAAACGCUGAUAGUGAACUUUGCACUUCUCCAUCAAGUUUGCAAUUAGCGAGGAAAGAUACUUUUAAUAGGAAAGCGGAUGGAUGGAGGAGACUAAUGCAACAUUCACUCAAUCGAGUACACAGAUAGAAAUGAAGACAGUGCAUGAUCAUUUUGGAACUAAUGAAAGAUAUUGAACAUAUCUGCAAACCUUAUUCGUAAACUAUUUUCCAAAAUGAAUGGUCAAGAAGUGCAUACUAUAGUGUUUUUGGAUACUAUAGUGAAUAUUUUUGCUGUGUACUCGGAGGUGAAGGCGAGGAAGACAACGCAGCGGCCAAGCAAAUCAAAACAAAAACUCAAAACUAAGAAAUGGAGCACACACGUGUGCGUCCGUUAGUGUGUGUGUGUGUGCCACAUAGAUACAAACUAUAUAUCUAUAUGUGCGCCACAGAUCGGCGGGGAUUAUUCAUCACGCUGCCACAUCAUCAUCAUGUUGAUCUCCGCCGCUCCGGCGUCUUCUUCUGCUGCCCUCCACCUCCAUCCUUCACUUUCCGCUUAGCUGGCGUUUUGUAUAAUUUUCGAAUGCUAUUUUUGUAAGGCUUGCAUUUAUAUUUAGUUGCCACAACAAACUUAUAGCGAAAAUCCAAGACACAAACUUGUACAUGAUACAAUUUUGGCCAUAUGAUGAUGCCAACCAAAAUAAAAGUCAACUGGGGUGGAAAACUUUUCCCCCUUAAAUUUUCCAACUCGCAUGUUUGUGCUUUCGGUACAGUGAAAGCUAAGCCAGAGCUCAGCUAAGAUCAGAAGAUUAAUGUAAAACCAAAUCAAAUUAAAAAUCCAAUCAGUCGAAUGUAAUUAUCGGAGAUCAGAGAUCUCCGCAUCUACCAAAUGAACGCUGCCCGUUCAAUUUGCAUGGCUGACCGAGGUUUCACUGUACUGGCACUAGCGUCACACGUACUGUGUACUAGGUAUAACGUCGUCCAUUUGUUAAAAAUAAAAACAGAUUUCGAACUGAACACAGAAUGGCAGGGAAAGAUGCCCAAUGAACCCCACCGAGAUAUCACACAUAGGCCGAAUCGCCGAUCUCUCCAGGGAUAUUCCUCACAUAUUCCUCACAUCGCAAUAGAUCUAGGGCAAGGUGCAGGUCUUUUGGCAAGAAUCGCAAAGGGGUAAGGGGGUUUGCUUUUUGAUGAGGCGGCGCCGCAAUCAAUGAGCUCAUUGCUGUUUACGAUUUGUAAUUUGUAUAUGCCUCUGCUCUCUAUAUACCAAAACAAAUUGGGGGUGCUAUACUGGCUUGUACCCACAUAUAUGUCGGAUGUAUAUGGGCGCCAAAGAGGAACAGUCAGUCUUUGGUCGAACGGCGACCAUUGAUACAAUUAGUAAGUCAAGUCGUCGGGCAUUUGCCAAAAUGCCAAUGAGACAUUGACAUUGAGCGUGCGAUCGAUUGUUCCGAUCCGAUCUGAUCCGAAUAGAACCAAUACGAACUAAUACGAUGUUGCGCAGGUUUCCUUUGGGGCCAACAUUGGCAGCCUCGCGAGUCUUGCCCAGCUAGUCGAACCCAACGCAAUUCGAGGGAACCGCCAGUGCAUUAUUAGAUAAUCGAGUACUUUUUCCCCUUGGGAUCCAGCAAGAAAACUGACAAUCAACCGGAGAGAUCACCACACCCAUUGGAAUGUCCAACGAAUUUAGCGAACUGAUCGCCCUUGGCUGUCCAGACCUUGCGGCACAAAAGCCGCAGGGCAGCAGCACCCAGGUGGAGUUGAUCCUCAACACUGAGCGUCGCCUGAGCAUAAAGCAGAUGACGGCCACCGAUUUGGCCACCCUAAGGGCAACAGCAGCCGCGGAAGCGGAGGCCAGAUCGCGAGCACAGGCGGAGGCGGAAGCUCGGGCAAUAGCCCAGGAACAAUUGCGUCAGGCCCGCGAGGCUGAGUCCAAGGCCAGAGCACGUGCUGCCCUCGAGGUGCAGGCCCAGCUGCAGCGGGUGAUGGAGAGCGAGAAGCGCAGGCAACAGGAAGAUGAGGAACGGCGCAGCAGGCAACAGGCAGAGGAGGAGCAGGAGGAUGAUGAGGACGAAGAAGAGGAACUGGCCAAGGGUUCCCUUCCAACCAAUUUAGGCCCAAGAGAACGCGUUGCCUCGUUACCCUGCAACGUAGAUGAUGCCAUGGAGAUGCACCUUCUUAGCGUUUCGCAGCCGAAGGCCUCAUCCAAGGAUGAUUCACCGCCCAAGAAGAGCACCUCUCACAUAGCAGACUCCAUUGAGCUGCUGAGAAUGCAGCGAGCUGCUCGCGAUGCCCGAUCCCACAAUCGCACUCGAGAGCGUUCCAUAUCGCCAGAACGUAACCACGAAAGGAGCGCUGCACCAGAUCGCCUCCAGAGCUCCGUUAGCAUGAGCAGUUUGGACUCGGCCAGCGUCAGUGCAUCGGCAUCCAGACAGCCCAGCAAGGCAGACAGUCGACGUGGAAGCACCACGAGUGCUACCGGUGUGGAACCACCACUUAUGGCAGCACCUCCUUCCCAGCCUACCAAAUUCCCACUUACCAAGACAGUGUCAGCGCCCAAUAUGAAUCGCAGGCGGAGCAGUCUGACUUCGCUCUUCCCUGGGCCAUCGCCUUUGGUGGCACCCGAACCAUCUCUGCACACGAAUCCCGAUCCAAAGGUUCAAGAACAGCUAGAAGAGGAUCGUCGUCGCCGGCGAAUGGACGAUGGUUACCGUGAGAUACCUAGUGGAAAAAUGGUGCAUCGAACGAAGACACCGCCGCCAGUGGGCACAAACCUCGGUGUGAGCCUCAAACGGGUGACGGCGCCCAGUGGAUCGAUAGCCAUCAAGCCCAAGGAGUCGCCCAUGCUUGGAGUCGUUUUGCGUAGAGUGGAGAAGAAAGCUGUACCGCAAAAGAGCAUUCUUGAUGACGACAAACCACUGUACCACUUCUCCAUUGUGCGCAGCGACCACAAGGAACACGUGCCUGCUCAGAAGCCCAAACCCAAGCCUGCUCCUCCAGCUGUAAAGCCAAGUCCCGGUGGCAUCCUCACUGGACCCCAAGUAAUUCGAACCGCUCCCAAGCAACCUGUGCCCGCCAAGCCACAGCGCCCUAUGCCCGGCGUACCCAUCACAAUUACCAAGAUCGAGGGCGACAAGAUCAUCAUCAUCAAGAAGAUCAUUGUGCCGAAGAACAGUAAGAUACCGGAGCAGUAUCUGCAGAUGAGUGAAGAUGCCGACAAGCCAGCAAAUACAGUGCCCUCAGCAGUUUCCUCCUCCGCCGCCCCAUCGCCAAGUCUAAGAUUAAGAGAGGAAUCCCAGCCAGCGAUGCAGAAACCAACGCCGCCGCCGGCCAGUGGCCAGCAGUUCUUCCAAGUGGUCUCGCCGCAGUUCGCCUCGGUGCUGUCGUCCACCAUACCGGAGAGCAAGUGCGCGGUGCGUUCUCCGAUAUCCUCGCCACUAGCAAUUCGGAAGAGUCGGCCACCUCUGCUGCCGGCGAGUCCGAAAUCCACGCCUCCACUACCGAGGAAACAUCAUCCUCUUGCCUACAAUGCGGCAACGGGAACAAUCAGCAGUGCCUCUGGAGCAGCGUUGCCUUCCCGGCUAAUGGCCACCAUUGCCUCGAGUCCGGCUUCGAGUAUAUCGCUGUCCUCUUGUAGUUCCCCAUCUUCAUCACCACCACCGCCAGUACCAUGUCGUGCUCCAAAGAAUGCCAGUAAACCCGUUGCUGCUGCUGCUGCUGCUCCACUUCCGUCCACCUCAAACGAAAUCAGUUUGGACAAGUUGCUGCAACAGCAGCAGGAGCUGGAGGAGAAAUCCGCGGCAGCCACAAACAGCGCUAAAAUGGAUGCAAACUUCUACGAUGCCGAGAUCGAGAUGAUGAACAAGUAUCUCAAAAGCCUGCCUGACUACAGCGAACUGGACAGAAAGCUGCACCAGGAGUUUCAGGAGUGCGAAGAUCUCUACGACAAGAUCAAGCGUCAGCAGCAGCCGCUGGCCAAGUCCAAUUCGCAGCAAUCGGUCACGAAGGCCGUAGGACCAGGAGUGCCGGCCAUCUCCUCCGGCCUAUCCAAGUCUUCGUCAAUUAACUUUGCCCAGAAUCCCAGCAGUCGUGGAGCUGCACCGCGUUUGGCAUAUCCCUCGAUAUUUUCACAGGCUGGAGGCGAACCCAAGCUGCAGCGCAGCAUUUCAAGUUCUAAUAUGCCUUUAAGUGCGCCUACGCCAAUGCGUCCGCUGCCCACCAAGAAUGGACUGCAAAGUGGCUCCAAUCUGUCCCUUAACAAACAGUUGAUGAACGAAUUCUGGAGCGAGAAUCUUACCAGUUCGCAAAAGCGGCAAACGCCCAAGCGCACCUUUUGGAACUACGAGAAGAUCUGCGGUGCCCAGUUGGGCGAUGCAGGGCAACCCUUUAAGGUGGAUGCAAAGACUGCCAAGAAAUUGGCUAUAUUUGAUCCCACUGUUGCGGAGGCUGCUCAGAAGGAACUGCAGCGACCACAGCAAUCACAGGUGCCACAAAAUCAUCCCCACAAACUGCAGAAGAAUGCCUCGUUGUCGCACCUGGAUCUGAAGGUGCGUCAGGCGGUGACCAAGGACGAUCUCUACAAGCUCAUCUGCAACGAGCAAUCGCCGUUGGCUGGAUCGAAUUUUGUGAGUAGAGUGCCGGUGAAGCAACAACUCCCAGCACAGCAGCAACAGGUGCUUCCAAAGAGCAUGUCCAUGACGCAUGUGCCGGGUGGUGGUCAACCCAUGGGAGCGCCAUUGCUGCGAACUUCUAGUCGCACUCAUAUACCCUGCUAUAUGAAAAAUCUACCCUCAUUGAGCAGGAGCACAUCGAACUCUGCGAUACUCAUGAGCCAACCGCGCAAGGAACCUCCACCAAAGGAACCACUGAAAGCUCCAGCACCACUUCCUGCCCUAGCUGCUGCUCCACCGACUGUGAGCAAACCGAGUGGUGUCUUGAAGAGCUCCAGCAGUUCCUGUGUCCCAUCACCGCGUUGUGCCGCAGCCUUCUUUCGCCGACCGCAGGAAGCAAACAAUCCCCAGCAGCAACAUCAUCAGCCACUGCAGAAGCCGCAACAAGUGGCGCCCAUCGAGGAAUCCGGACCUGGGGAUUCCGCAUCUCUGGAACGCAAAUCGGAGAAGAGCAACAGCACGAUAAGCACAAGCAGCUUUACGGUGACCAACUGUUGCACCACCCACCUGCCGCAGCUCUCCAAGUUCACCUCAUCGUUCCAUAUUGCCCCCACCACAGCAACAACCACAGCCGCAACAACAACACCGACCCCAACAGCAGCAGCAACAACAAGCGAUCAGCAGCAGCAGCAACAACAACAGAGUGGCGCAGUAGCAGCGAUGCCAUCUGUAUCUGCCCAGUUGGAGGUGCCAACAUCGUCAUCGUCGUCAGCGGCCACAAAGCGGCAGAAAGAUGUUGACAACAAGCUAGAAAAAUGCUUGAACGACAUGCUAAAGUUGAAGACCAGCGGUAACAGCAACAGCACUAGUAUCAACAAUAAUAAUGCAAUCAUGUCGCAGUCGCUGACGGGAGAGCACAAAGACCCGAAGACUGCACUCGAAGGCCCCACGAGCAGCAGCAGCAGCAAGUACGUCGGUGAAUCUCAGAUCCCCGUGCCAGUUCAGCUCUACGAUCCGCAGAAGCCGUUGCUGCAGCAACAGCAGCAGCAACAAAGGAUCUGCUAUCCCAUAGGCAAAUCUAACUCUACCUCUCAGCUGCCCAUGGGCGGCUACCAGAGAUUGCUGCAACAACAGCAGCAGCAUCAACAUCACCAACAGCAACCGCAGCAACAACAUCAGGAACAGCAGCAGUAUCCGCAGCACAAGCGACCCUUCCUCAACUGGAAUAGCUUUGCAUGUUCCGCCAUGAACGGAGCAAGUGAUCCCUUCAUGCAGCAGCAACACAUGCCUGCCCACCAGCAACAGCAACAUCUGCCACACAAGCUGCAGCAGUCCUACUCCUCGUCGCAUUUGCCCAAACAGGCGCCCAAAUCUGGACUGGCCAUGUUUCUGCAGAAGAACACCACCAACAAGGAGAACAAGUUUGGCCAGCCGCUGCAGCAGCAGCCACCCGGCAUGAUGCCCCAGAUGUACGGCUACCAGGCGCAGCAGCACCAGCAGCAAUCCAAGAUGAGCUAUCCCCGCACCGGUGCCCCACUGACGCACUCGGCCUCCUUCAGCUCCGCCCAAAGGCCGACGGCCCUGCAGUUCCAUCAGCAACAUCAACAGCAGCAGCAGCAGCUGCAGCAACAGCAGCAACACCCCCAGCAGCAACAACAGCAGCAUUCCAGCUUUGGGCUGGGCAUGAUGAGUAGGAAUUACUAUAAUGUGCCCAAGCAGUCAGAGCGCAAGCCGCUGCAGACCUUCGAUCCGUAUGCCUAUCCCAAGCCGAAUCAGAUGCAGCCGGUCAAGUACCAGCAACAGCAGCAACAUCAGCAGCAGCAACCGCAUCCGCAUACGCAGUUUAUGAAUGCUUCCGCUGGAGGAGGAGGAGGUGGCGGUGGCUGUGCCGCUGGGCUUCAAUACGAUCCAAAUACAAGUACGCAAUUGUUUUACGCGUCGCCGGCGUCAUCGUCAUCGAACAAGCAACCGCAGCAACCGCAACAGCAGCAACAGCAACAGUCGCAGCUACAACAAAGCAAUUCUGUCAUAUUCAAUCACUCGGGCCAGCAACACCAAUCACAUCAACAGCAGCAGAAUGAAAUGUCCAAGUCCGCAUUGGGACUGCACUUCAUCGAGACAGCAAAGCCCGUCAUUCAAGAUGAUGCUGAUGGUCACUUAAUUUACCACACCGGAGACAUUCUCCAUCACAGAUAUAAGAUCAUGGCCACACUGGGCGAAGGAACUUUUGGACGUGUGGUCAAGGUCAAAGAUAUGGAGCGUGAUUACUGCAUGGCCUUAAAGAUUAUUAAGAACGUGGAAAAGUACCGCGAAGCUGCCAAGCUGGAAAUAAAUGCUUUGGAAAAGAUUGCCCAAAAGGAUCCGCAUUGCGAUCAUUUGUGCGUGAAAAUGAUUGACUGGUUUGAUUAUCAUGGACACAUGUGUAUAGUUUUUGAAAUGUUGGGACUCAGUGUUUUCGAUUUUUUGCGAGAGAACAACUAUGAGCCAUACCCGCUGGACCAAGUGCGCCACAUGGCCUAUCAAUUAUGCUAUUCUGUGAAAUUUCUACAUGACAAUCGUUUAACGCACACCGAUCUCAAGCCGGAGAACAUACUCUUCGUCGACUCGGAUUAUACUUCUCACUAUAAUCAUAAGAUUAACCGCGAGGUGCGCCGCGUCAAGAACACGGACGUUCGCCUGAUCGACUUUGGGUCGGCCACCUUCGACCACGAGCACCACAGCACAAUUGUCUCGACGCGACAUUACCGCGCGCCAGAGGUCAUACUGGAACUGGGGUGGUCACAGCCGUGUGACGUUUGGUCCAUUGGGUGCAUCUUGUUCGAACUGUAUCUGGGAAUCACGCUCUUCCAAACGCACGACAAUCGCGAGCACCUGGCCAUGAUGGAGCGAAUCUUGGGACAAAUACCAUAUCGCAUGGCACGCAAUCAUACUCUUUAUAGCAAAACCAAAACAAAGUACUUCUAUCAUGGUAAGUUGGAUUGGGAUGAGAAGUCCAGUGCGGGUCGCUACGUCCGUGAUCACUGCAAGCCGUUGUUCCUGUGCCAGCUGAGCGACAGUGAGGACCACUGUGAGCUCUUCAGUCUGAUCAAGAAGAUGCUGGAGUACGAGCCCUCGUCACGCAUCACGUUAGGCGAAGCCCUGCAUCAUCCUUUUUUCGACAGGCUGCCACCGCACCAUCGAGUGGGUGAGGUCAGCAACAAGCAGCCGCUUUCGUCGGGCAGCAGCAGCCGCGAAAGGUCGCACAGUCUCUCCAGAUGAGAAUUACAGCGAUUUGGUUAUUGUUGACAGACAGCGCUUAAUAAGCACUCACUCAUGCAAACAUACACUCAAGGCAGUCGUCCAGCAACGUCUUGCACCCGCCUCGUAGAGUAGACCAGCGACUUUACGACGAACCCUAUUUUAAGAGCUAAAGUCUUUUAUUCUAAAUUUUUUGAACUUGACUUGUAUAGAUGUUUAUUAUACAAAAAUCCAUUGAUCCUUAUUGAUCCAUUGUUUCCAAAUAUUUCGUGCACAUGUUGCUGUGCAUUAUAUUUAGAGCUGUGUAGCGCUAUGUUGCGCUUGUGUAUUGUACCAUACCCGCCAACAGUGUUUUGUUCUGUAAUGAUAACCAAAUCGUGUAUAAUAUUGAUAGUGCGGUGCGUCUUCCCGACACCAGAACCUAAUUGUAAAUGUCUUGCAUUGUGCACACCCCUAGGUGGAGGAGAUUAAUUGAACCGACUGCAAACCGAUUAUUGGAACAUACAAAUGUAGUUGUAAAAUAAGAAAGUCGCCUAAGCGCUAGUUGAAAUGCAUCCCCAUAUGUACACCUGUCACUGAAACGGGAGCCGACUAAUUUGUAAUUAAUGCACCAUUUCGAGAGCGUGAACUGUUAGCUAAUGCAAGCCAUUAUGUACACCGCCCACGAUACUUACGGAUACUUGUAAAUGUAAAGAGCAAUUGUUAUGCCGCCCUGUGUACACUUCAGCGAUCGCAGCGCAUUUUGUGUAAAUUCAGUAGCAGCCCCAGAGUCAUCUCUCUUAGAAUACGUUUUCAAAUGUGUAGAACUGUCGCCGGCCUGUUUUGUUCGUUUUCGUUUACAACCGAAUAUCGAAAGAUCAACCCAUUUACACAUUGCUACACACACAAACACAUACA